AUGACGUUCGAUAUUUCAAAAGCUCGGGAGCGCUUCCCCGCACUUCAGCAAGAUCAGGUCUUCCUUGACAACGCCGGUGGCAGUCAGGCACUGGGCGACGCGAUUGACUCAAUAGUACAAUACCUGUCCAAGACCAAUGUUCAGCUUGGCGCUUCAUACCACACCGGCACGCAGUCGAACACGAAGUACGAGGAGGGCUAUCAAGCAGCCGCAAAGUACAUGAAUGCUGGCCGCGAUGAGAUCGUUCUCGGUGCUUCAACAACACAACUCUUCAUGAACCUCGGCUCAUCCCUGCAAUUCCCUGCGGGUUCAGAAAUCAUCCUCUCAAAGAUGGAGCACGAGACUAAUGCGAAGCCCUGGCUUUUCAUGGCUGAGCGUCUUGGGUUGACUGUGAAGUGGUGGGCGUCUCCAAAGGAGGAUGGACUCAAACUCACAGCCGAGAACCUCAAGCCGCUGUUGAGCGACAAAGUGAAGUUCGUAGCAUGCACGCACGUGAGCAACAUUCUGGGGACGAUCCAUGAUGUGAAGUCUAUUGCAGAGGCGGUGCAUUCGGUUGGCGCGCUGUUCUGCGUGGAUGGAGUUAGCUACGCGCCGCAUCGUGCGAUUGAUGUUAAGAAUUUUGGAGUCGAUUUCUACGCAUUCAGUUGGUACAAGGUCUACGGCCCACAUAUCGCGGCCCUCUACGCCAGCAACUCAGCCCAACAGCACAUGAAGCCCCUAUCUCACUUCUUCAACCCUACCAAAACUCUUGAAGACAAGAUCGGGUUCGCUGGCUCGAACUACGAAUGCGUACAGUCUAUUCCAACGGUCACCGCCUACCUCACCGACGCUUUCCCCGCCAUCACUGAGCAUGAGGGAAAGCUACAGGCUAUUCUUCUCGACUUCCUGAACUCACGACCAGAUGUCACGGUCCUGGGUUCUACCUCGAGCGAUAGCAAGGAAAGAGUACCAACGAUCUCGUUCACGGUCAAGGGCAUGAGCAGCAAGGCGAUCGUGGCUGAGGCGGAGAAGAUUAGUAACUACGGGUUUAGAUGGGGACAUUUCUACUCAAAGAGGCUUUGCGAUGAGUUAUUGAAGCUGGAGCCAGAGGGUGUGACAAGAGUCAGUAUGGUACAUUAUAACACCGAGGAGGAGAUCAAGGGAUUGGUCGAGGUGUUGAAGAAGGUUCUUCCGCAGGCUUAG